GACGGACACAGUUUGUCUUCUUCCCCUUUAAGUUGGUGCGUCUGCAGUCUCUGUGUGUGUUUGCGCACCUGACAUUCUGCAGCUGAGCGAGUGACCGCAGCGCCUUCCAACCACCGACCAAUCACAGGCGCGAACACAAACGCUGCCGUCUCUGAUUGGUGUGCGCUUCUGUCAAUCACAGCUCUGUGCUCCGGAGGACUUGACUCGGGGCUGCAGGAGAGACGCUGCUGAUGGCCUUUGAUCACCCAGGUGAUGAAUAUCCACCCUGUUCGUUCGCUAUAGGCCGUCCCUGACAUGAGACUAGUCCCACGAGACAACUGCCAACUGAAUUUAAGAGCGUGAUUCAUUAAAAUGGCUCUCAUAAUGGAAGGCACACACACAGUGCUGCGUCUGUACAAACCCAUCCAGGAGAUGUGUUUCAUCAGCCUUUACUUUCCUGCCAGGAAACCUCGAGCUUACUCACGUGAUGACUUUGCCUCGCACGAAGUCCAGCCUUCGUACAGAUAUCAGCGUGACCUGAGGGAUGAAGACCUCGCCAGGACUAAACAAAGACACCAGUCUUACGAAUCAGCUGCCAAAGUCUCCCAGUCCUGUGAGGGAAGAAAAGGAGCGAUCGAGCAGCUUCACUGGCUGACCUCAGAACACGCUCAGUUGCUGACGGAUGUCUUGUCUUUAUGCGGUGACUGCGCAGACAGACUCAGAAUGGGUAAUCAGGACGGGAGACUCCUGGAGCAACUGGAAGGACAACAUCUCGGACAUGACAUUAGCAGCGGUCACCUGUCUUUAUCCCCAGAACGUAAGAGAGCAGCCUCCAGGGUUCGCAGGUUAAAAAAAUUAGGUUCUAAGAGGACGGACAGUGCAAAGUUUUUACAGAACAAGAUGAAAAAGAAGGUGAAGAGCGUAACCACCUCAGAGUUUUCGGUAACCUCACUGCCCAUCCCUGAGGAUCACAAAGCACCUGAAGCAGACACUUCAGGAUCCGGCUCUUACGUCAGUGUAUCCGGUGAGGCCCUUCUGCCCAUGGACGAGCACUUUCACAUCACCCACGACGGCUGGGAUUUCAUGGAGGAAUCUCGUAUGUUUGAGACAGAAAUAAGUGUCUGCUCUGACCCGGUGGAGUUUGAUAAUCGGCUGUGCCUGGGGUACAGAAGCGCCUCUUGUCAUCCAGUAGAUGAAGAAUCUGUUCACGACCUACAUCAGACCGAGGAAAACAGCAGUAAAUAUCAGGAGCAGGAGAAACAGUCUGGAGAUCAGCCAUAUGACGAUGAAGUCAACCUUAAGUGUAAAGCUGUGGAUAAUCUAAGAGUCAAAAACAUGAAGGCCAAAGAGAUUCAGGAAGAGACCGAACACUUUAGAGAGAGUUUUAUUCAGGAACACGAGAGGAACGGGCCAUCAGAAACAAUGACCUUAACGCUAUCAUCCCCCAUUGAUGCUAACACGAGAACCUCAAACCUUCGCUCCUGGACCAAGAGUCCCACGUCAUGCUCUCUGUCUGGGGUUUUCAAUUUGUCUUAUCCUCAAACCAACAGUCUCAUGAGUAUGUCACCCAUCCUGUCACCUUUAACCUCUAAACUGCCCAGUCCCCAAAUGAACCAUCGUAUUGUGUUGCUACCAGAGGAGGACGAGGGAAACAAACGCUCCUCUAGAGACGAGCACGAAACCACUACAGAGGUUAUGGAUAAAAAUGGAAACCGGAGGAUGGUCACGAGGCUGGAUCUGAACCUGUGUGAAUCCAGUGUCAUGAUCUCAGAAAACACUGUGUUGCGACCAGAGGACAUCUGGAUGUUAGAUGGUGAUGACUCUAUUUCCCAGGAGUCUUUGUGUCGGCCCAACAGACCUGAUCGCCUGGAGUUCCUGAGAAUCACCCCUCCAGAGGAUGACAUCAUCAGUGACACUCCAUAUUACCCAAAGUUUGGAGUAACAUCUGAGGUCACAUCUCCAUCAGAUGGUGAAGACAAAACCCCUGGACGUCUCCAUGCCGUCUGGCCUCCACCCAAACCCAAGGAUUCAGAGGAGAAGGUGGGCCUGCGUUACACUGAAGCAGAGCAUCAGGCCGCCCUCCUUCAUCUCAAGAGAGAAUCUAAAGAAGACCUGGAGAAACUUCACGCGGACUUUGAGCUGCAGAUUUUUCAGAUUCGAGGGGAGCAUGCGGAGGCGGUGUCCCGUCUGGAGGCCAUCAUCUCCAGGAUGCAGCGCGAGCGGUCGUACAACAUCAUACAGGAGCGCGGUGAGAUGCAGGAGGUGGCCGUCUCGACCGAGGACGAUGUGCCGCCCAAAACCUUCCGCACCGUGUGUGUUCAGACCGACCGCGAGACCUUCAUCAAAUCUCCUGAUGGUGACAUUACCAAACCGAAGUUGAACACCAGUGGCAGCCUGCCCAAAAAACUGGACCUGGACUCCAUCACGUCGAGUUUGGGUGUAAUUCCAGGAGCCCCCCCGCCUCCUCCACCUCUUCCUGGUCAGCCCUUUGCCCCGCCUCCUCCACCUCCUCUUCCAGGUCAGCCCUUCGCCCCGCCUCCUCCACCUCCUCUUCCCGGUCAGCCCUUUGCCCCGCCUCCUCCACCUCCUCUUCCCGGUCAGCCCUUUGCCCCGCCUCCACCUCCUCCCUUACCUGGAUUCGCACCUGGACCGCCACCCCCUCCGCCCCUCCCUGGUGCCCCUCCACCUCCGCCUCCCCCACCAGGUCUACCGGGAGCCCCCCCGCCCCCUCCACCAAUGCCGGGCAUGGGGGGCCCUCCUCCACCUCCAGCUUUCGGGGGCUUCGGGUUCGGAAUGGUGGCCGAAAUAACGCCACGUAAGCCGGCCUUGGAACCGGCGUGUCCCAUGAAACCUCUGUACUGGACACGAAUUCAGAUUCAGGAUAACAAUAAUAGCACACUCUGGAAUGCUCUGGAGGAGCCUGAUAUUGUAAACACUGAAGAGUUUGAGGAGUUGUUCUCUAAAGCCACUGUACAGGCCAAAAAGAAACCUCUGUCAGAUAAAUAUGAGAAGAAGACCAAAGCAAAGAAGCUUAUCAAACUGCUUGAUGGCAAACGUUCCCAGGCUGUGGGAAUAUUAAUAUCCAGUCUACACCUGGAGAUGAAGGACAUUCAGCAAGCUGUCCUCACUGUGGAUAACUCUGUAGUUGACCUGGAGUCUAUUGAAGCUUUAUAUGAAAAUAGAGCUCAAGCUGAGGAGCUGCAGAAGAUCAAGAAACAUUACGAGACGUCUACAGAAGAUGAAGUGAAACUUCUGGAUAAACCUGAGCAGUUCCUGUACGAGCUCUCACAGAUACCAGAUUUCGCCAGUCGUGCUCACUGUAUUAUAUUUCGCUCAGUCUUUAUGGAUUCGGUGUCUUCUGUUCGGCGUAAGGUGGAGAUCAUCUCGACCGUCUGCACGGCUCUUCUGGAGAACGAUGCUGUUAAAGAUGUGAUCGGUCUCAUCUUGGCCUUUGGAAAUUAUAUGAACGGUGGAAACAGAAGUCGAGGUCAGGCUGAUGGGUUUGGACUUGAGAUUCUGCCAAAACUAAAGGAUGUCAAGAGCAGGGACAAUCGUAUAAGUCUUGUGGAUUAUGUGGUGUCUUAUUACCUUCGAAACAUGGACAAGGACGCUGGAACAGAUAAAAGUGUUUUCCCGCUUCCUGAACCUCAGGAUCUCUUUCACGCUGCUCAGGUCAAGUUUGAAGAUCUUUCAAAAGACCUUCGCAAGUUAAAGAAAGAGCUGACAGCUUGUGAACAGGAGGUUCAGCAGGUGUGUGAAAACUCUUCAGAGGAUCAUCUUCAACCCUUUAAAGACAAAAUGGAGUCCUUCAUUAGUACAGCACAAUCAGAGUACGCAACUGAAGAGGAGUGUCUACAAGCUGCACAGAAGAGCUUUCAGGACAUGGUGACGUACUUUGGACUCAAACCCAAGGCUGGAGAAAAAGAGGUUUCUCCAAAUUACAUCUUCAUGCUUUGGCACGAGUUCUGUAAUGACUUUAAAAACACCUGGAACCGUGAGAAUAAAAUCAUCUCUAAAGAAAGACUAAAAGAAGCUCAAGAGACCAUCCAAAAAAUCACAGCGGAUAAAAAAGUGGAGACAAAGAAGAUCAACGAAAACAGUCUGAAAGAACGACUUCGAAAGAAAGAAGCAGGUGUCUCCAGCUGAGAUCAAUCAAUCUGUCCUGACAUCAGACCUUCUAAUGACCAUUAGAUCUGUGACUGAUCUCAGAUCAGCGAUGAUGCUUUACAAUCAUUCACAUCAUAAUUAACCAACAUGUUUUAUCAUCGAGCGAGAGAUCAGUGUUGAAGUGGGACUGGUGUGUCUGAUCUGUAGGUCAUAUCUUCUUCUUUAUCUGAUCUUCAGUGCCUCAUCUGCGCUUCAGUCACAGCCUCAAAUCAAUCCAUCAAAAACUCAUCUAAUGUACAGAUUCAAUAUUAUUAUUUAAACACAUCAGGGGCCACCGUGAUGCUAUAGAUAUUUCUACUUGAACAGAAAACAAAUCACUUAAAUCAUUUGUUGAGUUUUCAAGGUUUUUGUCAGCAUUUGUUGCCUGUAGUUUUCUUUUGGCCAAAUGAUAAUUAAAUGUGAAGCACUUUUAUGCACCUGAAACCUAUGCAAUCCUGUCGGCUGAAGUCGACUCUAUGAACUUUAUCUCCACCUGUAGAUGAAUACACACAGCAGAGGGAUCUGUAUGAUGUCCACACUGAGUAUUUGGAUGAGUUUGACUUUAAUGGGCUGAUCAUACAGAAAAUAAAGAUUGUAUUUAAGACAGGGUUGAGAUGGCCUUGCUAGCAGACGUUAUACACAAAAAUGAUCUUGUUUGCCCCUUCAUUUAAUUUAUAAAUGAUGAAUAUAUGAAUGUGUACAAAUGUAUUUAAGACAAUAAGUUGUUUGCCACCGACUGUUACAUUUAAUCUUCUGUAACAUUGUUAUGGAGUCAUUUUCAUUGAAUGCAUUUGCUGAUGUUGUCUUUGAUGUUUUUUAGUCAUGUCUUAUUAGAGGAAAUAAACCCCUUUUUUUUCAUUAACUGCUGUACAAAAACAUCAAAGACAAAUGAAUUGAAAUAGUUUGACUUAACAUAAGAAAAAUCUGAAGUGUUUAUUCAUGCAGUCAUAAUAGUAUAUAUUAUUUUUAAAGAUAUUUUAGUAAACGGAUACAAUUCAGUUUCUCCGAGUAAGUCUAAAUCAAAUGAGUCCAAAGUUGUUUUUUGUAUAAAAGCCUGUGGAAAAGCUCAUAAGAAAACAAUAAAUAGUUCUUAUUUAAUUUUUAUUCAGUCUCAAACUCAGUUUUAAUUGACUUUAAGUCUGAAAUGUCCCUUAAUAUAAAAGCUCCAUGAGUUUAGAUGAAGGAUUUGAUCCUGAUCCCGUCUGUAGUCUCUGUUCAACGGCUGAUGAAGACUCUUCAUUGGGUGGAAACACAUUGGUG